AUUGCCCUGGAGGCACAUCUCAGGAUAGUGUGUGUCAUCUUCUCUUCUGAACCCUGAAAAUCAGUCACCUUUGUUACAUUGCAAGAUUCCAGUGUGGGCAUUCACCUCUACAAAGUUACUAUUGUGACUGGUGACUGGAAGACAGCAUCAUGAGUGACAAGAAGUCCAGGCAUGUUAUCUAUAAGAAAACUUCCCGUGACAAAGCGGUGAGCGUCUACCUGGGGAAGAGGGACUACAUUGAUCAUGUUGAAUCUGUGGAUCCUGUAGACGGGGUUGUCCUAGUGGAUCCUGACCUGCUCAAAGGGAAAAAAGUAUACGUCACUUUGACCUGUGCAUUCCGCUAUGGUCAGGAAGAUAUCGAUGUUAUUGGCUUGACCUUUCGCAAAGACCUUUACUUUGCUCGAACCCAGGUUUAUCCUCCUGUGGAAGACCCAAAAACUCUCACCAAGGUCCAGGAGAGGCUAAUGAGGAAGCUGGGAAACAACGCCUAUCCCUUCGUGAUUGCAUUCCCUGAUUAUCUUCCAUGCUCAGUAUGUCUCCAGCCAUCUCCUAAUGAUGUGGGAAAGGCCUGCGGUGUGGAUUUUGAAAUUAAAGCAUUUUCUGCAAGCAACUUGGAAGACAGAGUUCAUAAAAAAAACUCUGUACGUCUGUUGAUCCGAAAGAUCCAGUAUGCCCCUGACCAGCCAGGACCUAAACCCCGAGCCGAGACGUCAUGGCAGUUUUUUAUGUCAGACAAACCUCUUCAUCUCACGGCCUCACUGACUAAGGAGGUCUUUUAUCAUGGGGAACCAAUAUCAGUGGCAGUCACUGUGACCAACAACUCGGAGAAGACCGUCAAGAAAAUAUCCACAUCUGUGGAGCAAGUUACCAACGUUGUCCUGUAUUCCAGUGACUAUUACACCAAGACUGUGGCUUUGGAUGAGACCGAGGAAAAAGUGCAGCCCAAAGGCUCAUACAGUCACACCUACUCUCUGCUUCCUCUUCUGGCCUAUAACCGAGAGAAACGAGAAAUUGCCCUCGAUGGGAAACUCAAACAUGAGGACACCAACCUAGCUUCCAGUACCCUGCUGAAGGAGGGCCUCGAUCGUACAGUCAUGGGAAUCAUGGUUGAUUACAAGAUCAAGGUCACAAUCACUGUUUCUGGCCUGUUGGGUGAUAUGACUAGCAGCGAGGUGUCUACAGAGCUUCCCUUCAUUCUUAUGCACCCUAAGCCUGACGGCGGAACCAAGGAAAGUGAGCAGGAUGAUGACAUGGUUUUCGAAGAAUUUGCCCGUGACCCGCUUAAGGAUGAAUUGCAAGGAGAAGAAAAGGAGGAAGAGGAAGAAGACGAGAAAUGAAAUAGUGAAAUCCAAGAAUAGUUAUAGUUGCUGCCCAGAUUCACUUAGGGUGCUACGUCACCGUGGGCACGAAAGGUUUUCCAGUGGAACACACCUGAAAUUAAAUCGGUUAAUAUUUUAAUGCAUUGUACAUUUAUAGAGAAUUAGAUUGAGAUGGCUGUAUAGUGGGAAAUAUGCAUGGAGGAAUAUCUACAUCAGUACUAGGGUGGUCAAAUGUGGAGCUCUCAAUUUAAAAUCAGCAUCAAAAUAGGACAAUCUUGUACAGAGUUCCUUUAUCACUCCCAUCACUCCUGUGUUCCAAUGGCAUGUUGCGUUCGCUGAUACAAGUUUAAAAGGAUAAUUGAUCAGUAGAAAACCCUCCUGCUACAGCUAGAAAUUGCUCUAAUUGCCAUGAAAAGCCAAACCUUUCAACAGUAGUGUAUGUACCGUAUAUAUUUUAUUUCUCAUUGACACCGUAGAAAACCAAAUAAAAUAUGAAUUGUCGGGCAGCAGCGGAAGCUGAUGUGUGUAAUUCAGUACCCAAUACUCAAUGUAUAUAAUUUAAACGUGUCCUGGAGGAGGUGGUUAGUUUUUGGCAUAUUUCACAUGUAAAUGGGUAAAAUGUAAUAAAGGAGAAUUCAUCUUAGUAAUAA